CUUGAGACUUUUGAGUGACAGAUGACAGUCAUUGUCAAUUUAAAUAUUUACGUAUUUAUGUAAACAAGUAUGGCUGCACAGGGAGUUCGUGGUAUUUCGAGAGUUUUGGAAAAACUUGAGAAGUCUGUUAAGGAUGGCAAUUUUUACGAGGCACACCAGAUGUACAGAACUUUGUAUUUCAGAUAUUUAGGACAGAAAAAAUAUAAGGAUUUGAAAGAUAUGCUCUAUAGUGGUUCUUUAUUAUUUCUAGAUCAUGAACAGCAAUUAAGUGGAUCUGACCUGGGAUUAUUGUUAAUUGACGUUCUGGAAAAAUCAGAAGACUAUGAAUGUGAUACAUGGUCCCCUAAGCUCACCAAGAUAUUCAGCAAAAUAAAUUCUGCUACUCCUGAGAGAGAAACCUUUUUAGCACAUGCAAUACGCUGGUCAUCCAAAGGUUCAUCUCAUGGGCACCCUCUUUUGCAUCAGAGUGUAGCUGUCAUAUAUUGGGAAGAAAAAAAUUAUGGUCAAGCACGUCAUCAUUUCAUUUAUUCACAAGAUGGCAAAAGUUGUGCCAAGCUACUGAUAGAAUUCCAGAGGAUGCAGGGAUUCAAAGGGGAGGUGGACCUUUUUAUAGUCCAAGCUGUAUUACAGUAUUUGUGCCUGAAAAAUAAAAGCACAGCAAAUCAGACAUUUACUAGCUAUACAGAACAACAUCCUAGGAUAAGGAAAUCAGGGCCUCCAUAUUUGUUACCUCUGUUGAAUUUCUUGUGGUUUUUGCUGCAAGCUAUUGAAAGCCAGAAACUGCAAACGUUCGCAGUGCUGUGCGAGAAGUACGAACCGUCUCUGAAACGGGACCCCUGCUACCUCCAGUACCUCGACAAAAUCGGCCAGAUCUUCUUCGGGCUGAAGCCGCCGCAGCAGCAGCAGCGAGGUGGGUUCUUGGGCAGUUUUCUCGAGAACUUUCUCAACGGUCUGGACGAAGACAGCGACGACGAGAGGCCUCAGGCGUCCAUUUCCAGUGCCUCGAGUAGGAAACCCAUGGUGGAAAGUGCCGAUUUGGACUAAUACUUAAUGAAUUGAUCCGCC